GGGUUGUUCGGUGACAUGGUCAAGUCUCGUCCACGCCCUUCCACUGUUGAUUUUAACAAAUUGUUGAGUGCCAUUGCUAAGAUGAAGAAGUUCGAUGUUGUCAUCUCCUUGGGAGAGAAGAUGCAGAAUCUGGGAAUUUCACACAGUCUCUAUAUGUACAAUAUUUUCAUUAACUGUUUUUGUCGCCAGUCUCAGCUCUCUCUUGCUUUGGCAAUGCUUGGGAAGAUGAUGAAACUCGGCUAUGAGCCUAGCAUUGUCACGCUUAACUCCCUGCUCAAUGGUUUUUGUCAUGGGAAUAGGAUUUCGGAUGCUGUAUCCCUGGUUGAUCAGAUAGUGGAAAUGGGAUAUCAGCCUGAUACAUUCACAUUUAACACUCUAAUCCAUGGACUUUUUCUUCAUAACAAAGUUUCUGAAGCAGUGGCUUUAGUUGAACGGAUGGUUCAAAGAGGUUGUCAACCAGAUCUGAUUACUUACGGUGUGGUGGUAAACGGAUUAUGUAAGAGAGGUGAUACUGAUUUGGCUUUAAGAUUGUUGAAGAAGAUGGAUCAAGGGAAAAUAGAUGCCAAUGUUGUAAUCUACAACACAGUCAUCGAUGCUCUUUGCAAAUACAAGCAUGUGAAUGAUGCGCUUGACCUAUUCAACGAAAUGGAGAACAAAGGAAUUAAACCGGAUGUUGUUACCUACAACUGCCUCAUUAGUUGUCUUUGUAAUUACGGACGAUGGAGCGAUGCCUCUCGACUCCUGAGUGAUAUGAUUGAAAAGAAAAUCCACCCCAGUGUAUUUACGUUCAAUGCAUUGAUCGAUUCGUUUGUGAAAGAAGGGAAGCUUUUGGAGGCUGAGAAAUUGUAUGAGGAGAUGAUUCAAAGGUCUAUCGAUCCUAAUAUUGUCACGUUCAAUUCAUUGAUCAACGGGUUUUGCAUGCACGAUCGUCUAAACGAGGCGAAGCAUAUGUUUUCUUUGAUGGUUAGCAAGGAUUGUCUCCCAAACGUAGUGACAUAUAGUACUCUUAUAAAGGGAUUUUGCAAGUGUAAAAGGGUAGAUGAUGCUAUGGGGAUCUUCUGCGAGAUGUCUCAAAGAGGAUUGGUUGGAGACACAGUCACUUACAAUACUCUUAUCCAAGGAUUUUUCCAAGCUGAUGAUUGUGAUAAUGCCCAAAUGGUAUUCAAAAAGAUGGAAUCUGAUGGUGUGCCUCCCAGUAUCGUGACUUACAACAUUUUGUUAGAUGGACUUUGUAAAAACGGGAAGCUAGAGAAAGCAUUGGUGGUAUUCAAGUAUAUGCAAAAGAGUGAACUGGAACUUGAUAUAUUCACAUAUACUAUAAUGAUUGAAGGGAUGUGCAAGGCAGGGAAGGUGGAAGAUGCGUGGGGUUUAUUUUGUAGCCUCAGCCGUAAAGGAGUGAAGCCUGGCGUUGUAACCUAUAAUACCAUGAUCUCAGGAUUUUGUAGUAAACGCCUAUUACAGGAAGCAGAUGCCUUGUUUAGAGAAAUGAAAGUAGAUGGGCUUCUCCCAGAUGAUCGUACAUAUAAUAUGUUAAUCAGGGCACGCCUUAGAGAUGGUGACAAAGCAGCAUCAGCAGAACUCAUCAAAGAAAUGAGGGGUUGCAGGUUUGCUGGAGAUGCUUCAACCUUUGGCUUGGUGACCAAUAUGUUGCAUGAUGGGAGAUUGGACAAAAGCUUUCUCGAUAUGCUUUCUUAA